AAUCGUUUCGCUUCGUUGUCUGUCCCUGACUGCAUCUUAAUUUGUUAAUAUAAUAAAUAUUAAAAAUGGACGCAGAUGAAAGUGGUGGUAAAAGAGCAAGAGGUCGUGCUCGUGGGACGCGGGCCCGUGGCAGAGGACGUGGCCGUGGUCGCGGCAGGGGUAAAAAGGCGGCUGCCGUUGUUGUGUCUAGUGACGAGGAGGUUUCGUUGGAUCAGUCCAUUGAUGGUGGCUCCGGUGCAGUUGCUGAGGAUGGUGACAUUUCAACGGGCAGUGGAAAUAUUCCACUCGAAGCCACAGAGGAUGCAGUGAUGCACGAAUUACCAAAAACCGAUUCAGAUGCUAACGCAAGUGUACCCACACAAGAAGCUAACAACACUGUGGCUCCAGGCACCCAAGCAGAUGUACAAAGUCAACCACAAACCAUUGUUCCUCAAACAAUUGAUAUGGAAGCAGAUAUAUCACAAUUGGAAGCCCCAACAUUCACUACAAUAUCUAGGGGACCGCCAGAGCCUAUGCUGCGCCUCAAGUGGAAUCACAAGGUGAAUUUAAUUGGAGAGAAAGUGUUGAAUCCCAUGAUCCAUAUCUGUGACCAAUGCGACAAGCCAAUUCUGCAUUAUGGUCGCAUGAUUCCAUGCAAACAUGUAUUUUGUUUGAAAUGUGCCCGCACGGAACCGGUAAAGGUUUGUCCACGUUGCAAUGACAAAGUUGUACGCGUUGAACAGUCCGGAUUGGGUACGGUCUUCAUGUGCACACACAGUGGCAGCAGAUACGGCAAUACUGGAUGCAGGAGAACGUAUUUAUCUCAAAGGGAUUUGCAAGCUCAUAUCAAUCAUCGGCACGUCUCACAGCCGCCACCACCACCUCCCGCCCCAGUUCCACAGCCAGAAAACAAACAAGAAUUGGGGCCACAACGCAAACUUUCUGAAUCUUCGGCAGUCGUAACGCCGAUUCAAGCACCAUCGACUCUCCUCACACAGAGGACACAGAUGCGUUCCAGCAGUAUUGGAACAAUCAAUCCACCAGGAUCGUUACCUCCCACGAAUGCUCAAAUUCAUUCCUCAUUGACCCAAGCUAACUUGGCUCGAAUCAAUAGCGCAAAUGCUCAAGAUUGUCACCAAGGAAAAGUAGCCGUUCAUCAAUCGCUAAAGAAAGCUCCGGGUCAAAUAAGCCACCAUCAACCAUCCGAGACCGUGGCUGAUGCUUCGUAUUAUAGCAGUGUCUUAAACUCAUUUGGUAGUUCGGGUUCCGGCGGCGUUGCUACUUCUGGCAACAACACUUCAUAUGAAACCCCGUCUGGACAGACUAAUCAGAACGUCCAGGGAUCUUGGCAGCAACAAAACCAGUACUAUAGAUGAGAUGUACAACUACGACCACUAAAACAUCUAUAAAUCCACACCGAACAAUGUAAUACAAUACAUUGGAUGGAUGGAAUGUGUUUUCUAAGAAAAA